AGCGAUUAAGAGACCUUGGCAGAACUUAUUCAUCCUCGAGCUUGCGAGUUAGAGAGUGAGGGGGUAGAGAGAGAAAAUGGCAUGGAGAGGGAAGCUAUCUCAGAACUUGAAGGAGAUUAGGGUUUUGCUCUGCCAAUCGUCCCCUUCAAGCGCAUCCACCAGAACAUUUGUGGAGAAGAAUUACAAGGAUCUGAAGAGUGCAAACCCCAAAUUGCCCAUCUUGAUUCGGGAAUGCAGAGGGAUUGAACCUCAGUUGUGGGCUAGAUAUGACAUGGGUGUUGAGAGGGGCGUUCGAUUGGAAGGUUUAACAGAGCCACAGAUUUCGAAGGCACUAGAGGACCUUGUUAAAGUGGGGGAGUCUCUGAAAGCCUGAUAAUCGACAGUGUGAAAUGAAAUAAAUUUGCAUUCACGGGAAAUUCAUUCCUCUGACGCCUGCCCUUUAUAUAGAUCAGGCGUUUCUUGUGUAAGAUGAUUCUUUGGGUUGCUUACGCAGUAAUGCGUGUGUUGUAGUUUCAAUAAUUCAUGUAUUUUCCAUCUUCCAUUAAGAACAAAUCUUCUGCAAAUUGAAUUCUGCGCUUCCUUUUCGA